UUAAAACUUAUUAAAUGAUAAAGGAAGUGGCAAUAAUAAACUUUCAAGAAUGUAAUUUAGAGCAUGAAAAUGCCCUUUCUUCCUUGUUGACAUUUAAUGAUAUAAGAAUAUACAUAAUGUCAAAAGAUCAUUCCUAAUUGGAAGCUAUGAGCAAGGCAUUCUCGAUCGAUAAGAUUUCUCAGCCCUUUCGGAAAAUCCCCUCUUACUGGACUAGAUCCAAAUUUUCCAGGGAAGCAAGAUCCACUACAAAUGCUCCCGGAUCUCUUCCAUCUGUUUAUUUAUUCCAUAAAACGUGUCUGAAAUAAUAGUAUCUAUAUCUUAAAGGUACCCUUCCAAUGAAUUAUAAUGCCUUUAAUACUCACCAUAACAAAAAAUACGGCUUUGUUGACCCCUAAUUUUUAAAGUGGGUUAAAGCUAAUAUGAAAAAUCAUGCAGAACUGAUAUGAAAAAGAGAAACGCAAUGGUUCACGUAUUUGCUUUUAUGGUUUCAUUUAUGAUGCAAAGGAUAUAUCAAGGAGAAGCUAUAAGCUGUUACACCUGCAGUUCAAGAAAUGGAACAGAUCGUAAUUGUCAUGAUCCUUUUCAUCCUGCUAUGAGCACAUACACAGAGGGUUGUAAAGUGCCUAAAGAAGGACACAUUGGACAGUUUCCAGCAAAUUUCUGCAUUAAAGUAAUUGGAAAAACAGUUCAAACAGAAGAAGAGCAUGUAAUACGUACUUGCGUAUUAGAAAACAUGGACAAUCAGUGUGGAGUCUUCCGAUUUGAAAGUGAUACUUUACAAGGUUGCAUUUUAACGUGUGAUUAUGAUGGUUGCAAUGCCACUAAUAAACUAAAUGAAAAUUGGAUUCUGAUUUUAAUCUUCUUAUCUCUUUUCGCCAAAUGGUAUCGUUAAUAAUAUAUAAUGUGUUCAAAUCAGGAAUAUAAUUUGUUCUAUGCAAUAUUGAGCAAUAUUUUUUAUCGUGUGUGUAAUUUUACAAUGUUUAAAUACGGCAUCUGGGUUUAACACUAGCUCGAUCUUUCAUUAUUUUUUUCAGAUUAAAGAAAAGUACUAAACUUUAUCUUUCUUGAGUUAUUUUAAUGAAAUAUUGCUGAAGGAAGAAGAGAGGAGUUUAAAGGUGAUUAUUAUGGAAACAUCUUCAAAUCUCAUCAAGCCUUCAAUCUGGGUUGGUGGUUUAGAAUCUUGCUUUCCUCUGUAGUGAUUUAUAAGAUUUCAACAAUAUUGUAAUUUUUUUUCUUUGUUCUAUAUAUAAUUUGCUAUCCUUAAUAUGUAAACAGUUAUUACCAAGGAUUCUAAAAAAUAUACAGGGUAUUUUUGAACUGUCAUCGUAUGCCACUAGGAGUAUCUCCCCAUUAUGAACUAGCUGUAUGAGCGUAUUUGAAUCACUAUUUUUAUCUAUCUCAGUUAAAUCAAAUUUAUUUUUCUUUUUUUAUUACCAAAAGUUGCAUUCAAAUAGGCUUAGAAACAACUGCUUUUUUUGUAAUUUACUGACUCGACCAACUUGGAAAAUUAGUGAUAAUGUUCGGUAAAAUUUCCAGAAAGGGAUAGAGCUGGUUUUAAGACCAAACGCCUCAAAUUUUUCUCAAACUCUAUUUAAAACUUCUCAUUCCUCAAAGAAAGUUGAUUGUUAAAUGUUAAAUAUUUAUUAUCAAACAUUUAUUAUCAAAUAUAAUGAAUGUGUAAUGACUGUACUGUUUUAUUUCUCGAAUUUUUAAAAUAUUCUAUUUAGAAAUAUCUAUAUAAGGAACUUUUUACUGCCAAGUUCUUUACAAUUCAAUUGGUUUUCUAUGAAUUUAUUUCAAAUGCUCAAAGUGUGAAAUUAUAUCAUUUAUUCAAAAAAUUAUCAAAAAAGCGUACAAUGUUAUAUUUAAUGAUAAGAUUUAUCUGUGUUUAGAAUGUUCCUCGUAAUAUAUAUUUAUUGUAACACUUAUUUUAAAGAAAAUAUUU